ACGUGGUUGGUUUCCUGUGCCAAUCACAUCGUUGGCAGGAACUUGUCGGUUUUCAAAAAUAAAGCGACUGGUGUAGACUGUGGAGCUGAUUAGAGAUAAAAACAUUAAAUGGAUAAAUAAUCUCAAUUUAAACUUCUGGAUGGUAAAAUGAUUGGACCUGGACCUUACAGGGCGACGAAGUUGUGGAAUGAAACCAUUAAGCUCUUCCGUGGUGGAAUGCCAGUAAGGCGACACUGGGCUCAUUUCAGAAGUUAUGAUCGCAGUUUCACAGGAGCUGAGGCUGUCGAUUUCCUCCAUGAACUGCUCAUAAAGAACCAGAACUUUGGACUGGAGGUGACACGCUACCAAACACUCCAGUUACUCCGAAAAUUCAUUAAAAAUCAUGUUAUCGAGGACGUCAAAGGGCAGUUCGGCAAAGAGGAUUUUGAAGACAAUGGGCAUCUAUACAGAUUUCCUCCACAAUCACCUCUGAAGCCUCUUCCUGUGCGUCCACCUGUUAGAGAUCAAAUCUCAGUUCCCAGAAUUCCAUGCUGGGAUGAUUAUGAGAACAUACCAAUCCCGGUAAAGAUACCCAUGAAACCUCUCAUUAUGAAUUCAGGAACAUGGAAUAAGAGGCACAGCAUUGCCAUUGGGGAGUUACCAGAGUGCAAAUUGAUCCGAAGGGGAGAGUUAAGCCCCAAACAUGUGGACCAGACAUGGAAAUCAAUGACACUAACACAUUUGCAGACUGUUUUGGGUCUUCAGUCAUUGGACGGGGUUCUAGACGCAAAACUUCUUAGUCCAAAGCACAUUGUUCAUAAUGUGUUUGGUAUUAAUAAGCAAGGUAUUGUCAUCCUGAAGAACAAUGCAGAGGAUUUGCCUCACUGGGUGUUAUCUGCAAUGAAAUGUCUGGCAAACUGGCCCAAUGGCAGUGACAGCAGGCAGCCCAUGUAUCCAGGGUUCGAGAGAGAAGUCUUCAGGACAGUGGCAGAGCAUUUUCAGAGACUGAAAGAACCGCUGUUGACUUUCCAUCUGUAUGAAAUACUUGUCAGUAUUUUGGGGCUUCUCCAGCAGCCGUCAGUUGCGGUUGAAGCGUUGCAGGUCUGCUGCCUCCUGCUGCCUCCAGCCAACCGGCGUAAACUACAGCUGUUAAUGCGACUGAUGGCUAAAGUCUGUGCCAACCCCACACUGCCCCCUCUGAACAACACCAUAGGAGCACGUACCCUGAUGGUUCAAACCUUCUCGCGGUGCAUCCUGGGCUCCGCUGAUGAGGUGGAUUUGGACGAGCUGUUGGCAACCAAGCUGGUCACAUUUAUGAUAGAUAACCACAACGGUGUGCUGAAGGUGCCGUCCAACCUGAGAAAAUCUGUUGAGGAACAUCUGUCUCACCUCAGAAGAGCUCAGAUAAAGUAUGCAGGUGCAGACACAGACACCUCCAUGAUGUCUCCACCACACUUGUUCUGCAGACAGGUCAGCAGAGAGGAGUUUGAGGAGCAGAGAGUCUCAGGAUCUCACGGGGCCGUUGGAGAACUUCUGGAGAACAUCAUAAAAGACAAGAACAUGUCCAUUAAAGACAAGAAGAAGAAACUCAAGCAGUUUCAGAGAUCUCAUCCUGAAAUCUACUGCAGACGGUUUCCCACAUCUGAAAGUGAAGCAGCGCUUUUUCCAGAGAAACCCCAGAGAAUCAAACCUCAACUGAUGUCCCUCACACUGAAGAAACCAUUCCAGCCCUUUCAGAGAAGCUGGAGCUUUCGCGCUUGAAUCAGUAGUGUGGUUAGUGUGUCACUGAUGGCCAUGUUAAGUAUUAUUAUUAAGGAGAGUAGUUACUGAAUAUCAAAGAAAGGCCUUUUUAUAGAGCCUUUCUACUAUUACAAAAUUAACACCAAUUUCACCUAUCAGUGAUCAGUUGACUGAAUUGUUGGUUGAAACAAAGUAAAAUGCUGUGCAUUGGAACACUAUGGGAAUAGGCCUAAAAUAACAAUAAAAACUUUUUUUUAUAUGCAAAUAACAUUUUAUUAUAGCCAAAAUAGACCCCAAAAGGCAUCAGUAAUGCCCAUUUUUAUAUGUUUUAAAAACAUCCACAACAUUUCCAAUCACUUGAAUUCUAUUUUUUAAUAGGCUGUAAUGUUUUGUUUAUAUUUAGUUAGGUGUUGUCUAACACGGCUGUCAAGUUCUCGGUUCUGGUAAAUGAUGUUGUCCCUGAUAUUUGUGCUGGUCACCAGAAAAUGUCUUUUAAAAAGUCAUCUUUUAUACUCUUGUAGAUUAAUAAACUCUGUCAGGUAGGUCUUGACUACUGAUGUAGUAACAACUACAGGCUGUAUAUUUCUGUUUCUCUUUUUGUAAUUUUAUACUUUAAAGUGAAAGUUCACCCAAAAAUUAAAAUUCUCUCAUCAUUUAAUCCCCCUCAUGCCAUCCCAGAUGUGUAUGACUUUAUUUC